CCACUGUACGGUGAACACAGGGAGGAGGGUGAUGCUGCAAGCACGGAGGUGUCGUGAGGCUCAGUGAUGUAGCUGUGAAUCCUCUCCAGAUCCGUUUGACAUACGAAGAAGACACGGACGGUGUUUCGGCUUUAACACACCGGCGUCUUACUGAGAAGCACCGCUGACCGUUUUGCUGGUGUCCGGACGGCUGUAAUGGCCACUAGCGCCAAAAGGCCAUCACUUGGGGCCGUGGCUCCUCGAAAAAAGACCAGCCCUAAGCCUGAACUGACCGAGGAAAUCAGGCAGGAGAUACGAGAAGCCUUCGAGCUGUUUGACACUGACGGCUCUGGCUACAUUGAGGUGAAGGAGCUCAAGGUGGCCAUGAGGGCCCUUGGGUUUGAGCCCAAAAAAGAGGAAAUCAAGAAAAUGAUCACAGAGGUGGAUAAGGACAACACGGGCAAGAUCUCUUUCAACGACUUCCUAACAGUCAUGACCCAAAAGAUGGCUGAAAAGGACUCAAAAGAGGAAAUUCUAAAGGCCUUUCGGCUGUUUGAUGACGACGAGACUGGAAAGAUAUCAUUUCGUAACCUGAAGCGAGUUGCCAAAGAGCUGGGGGAGAACCUCACUGAUGAAGAGCUUCAGGAGAUGAUUGACGAAGCAGAUCGGGAUGGCGAUGGAGAAGUAAAUCAGCAGGAAUUUCUUCGGAUCAUGAAGAAAACAUGUUUGUACUGAAAGAGUGGAAUUUAACAACGUUUAGGAAAGACAGAACCCUCAUAUCGAGCAGCACUUCUAUUCCAUCAAGGCAAGAUUUUAGACCAUAAAAUGCACAAAACAAAUCAGUUGACUAAAGCAUCAGUGCAAAGAUGGGAGCGUGAGUCGCAUUUGAAACUAACAUUUAGACGAUCUUAGCUUAAAAAUGACAAUACUUUGUGAAGCUGGCCCAGAGUUUCUGGAUGUUUACCGAGUUUAGAUGGUUUACAAAAACGAAUACACAAAUCCUUUAAUACAUUUUGAAGGAAAUAUGACAUCUUUAUUACUCUAGUGUUCAUCAGUCCUCGUCCUGGAGAUCUACUUUUGCAGAGUUAUGAUUCAAACAUGCCUUCGGUUAAUUAGUUGGAGCAGGUGUGCCAGAUUUUGGUUGGACUCCACAGGUCUUUACGGCCAGGGUUGGUGCCGACUGCUCUAGAAUGUACCAGAAUCUAUUUUACUUAUCGCUGCUGUCGGAAGAAAAACCUUGCAUCUCCAUUUUUUUGUUGUUUUUCUGUUUUUGACAUCACUUGAAAAUGCCUGU